GUGUGAAUCAAAUCUCGAACUCUAUCAGCUGUAAGAAAUGGCUUCUUUCAAACUUCAGAACUGCUUUGUACUCUUGCUUGAUUUGUUCUUGCUUACAGUUCCAGUCCUUUGUGAUGAGAAGGAUAAUCUACUCCAAGGCAUUAACAGUUACAGGAAAUUGAAAGGCUUACCAGAUUUAACAAAAAAUGACAAAGCUGGAUGCCUUGCUGACGAAAUUGCGGACAAACUCGAAAAUGAGCCUUGUGCGCGUAUAACUGGCUCAAAUAGUACUCCACCAACUACACCACAAUUCUCGAAUUACCCUGAGGCUCUGAAGAAAUGUAAAGUAGAUGAUGCGUACACCAAGGAUGGAAAGAUAUUGCCAGUCUGUGUGAAAAAUCGAAUUCCAACUCUCGUGCUCACGAACUACACGCAGUCUUCCUAUGCGACGUAUUUCAACGACUCUAAGUAUACAGGAGCUGGAGUCGGACACGAAGAUGAUUGGACAGUGGUGGUUUUGAGCACAAAUACAACUGCCGGGAGUCUAACAAGCGGUGCUGGUGCUGGUGCUGUUUAUGGUAACGUCUGUUUUAAGUACCCGAUGGUCUUGCUUUUAGCAUCGCUACUAGUCCUCGUAAUUUAGACAAGCCUACUGAUCGUAUUCUGCAGUAUUCGUGAGGGAUGUUUGGCAUUCUGUAGUUAGCUGCCUUGGUGAAACUAUUAUGUCUUCGUGAUGUUCUCGUUUUUAUUUUUCAUCAUCUGACUGCUAAGAAAACUUCUGGCUGUAGUAUCCUGAAGUCCAUUUGGCUCAUGUUUGAGUUUUAAGAUUUGCAUAACUUUCUCCUUGUUUCUGUUUCAAUAUAAACAUAGGUGAGUGUUCUGUCU